AUGUCAGUAGCAUCAGGCGCAUACUUCGCUGGCCCGAUGCAGCCAAACUCUCAAUCGUAUACUUGGGCGAACCGCCCCUUUCAACCACUGCAACCCCCGUCGGGUCAUUUGAACCAGCAGUUUUCACCCUCACACUCAUACCCGUCUUCAGGGUAUCCCGUUGGAUACAACGGCCAGCAUGGUGGGCCACUACCCAGCUAUAACCAUGAGUCAUCGGUCACGCCAUCAUACUUACCUGGAGCGCCUGGAAGCGCUCCACGCCAUAAUGUAUCUCGCAGUCCACCAAUAGGCCGUAACUAUCACCCACAAUCUGGCCCUGGUGCUCUCCCUGAGCAGCCUCUUAUGAAUUCCUCACCUUACAUGAUGAACCCGCCAGCAUAUUAUCUUCCAGAAGCACCUCCUAUUCCCUCGCAAAAAUCCAUCAUUGACAUGAACUGCAGAUCUUCUCAUCCAUCCUCCCUCAGCUCCCCUGCCCCUUCAAUGGUCACUGAACCUGUAUUUCCCCAACCAGACUCAGUAUCUCACACAGAAGGUCCAUCGCGCGUAAUUAGUUCACGACCACGACCCCAGUGCUGGGACCACGGAUGCAACGGACGCGAGUUCUCCACAUUCAGUAACCUAUUGAGACACCAGCGGGAGAAAUCUGGAGUGGUUGCCAAGGCAGAGUGCCCUAUAUGUGGAGCGGUGUUUACUCGGACGACAGCGCGCAAUAUUCACGUUGCACAGGGGAAAUGCAAAGGCACAGGUCGAGAGUCAUCUGUGGAAUGA